AUGGUGCUGCGGCUCGCCACCGAGAAGGACGUGCAGCAGCUCCAUGGUACCCAGACGGAGCUUGAGCACCGCGCGAUCGACGUCUGCGCGCAGCGGGUGCUCGAGCACGAGCUCUCGAUGGUCAUCGUCGACGCGGAGUACCAGUUCGAUAAGAAGAAGCUGACGUUCUUUUACCAGGCCCAGCAACGGCUUGACUUUAGGGAUCUCGUGCGCGACCUGUACAAGACCUUUAGAGCUCGAAUUUGGAUGGAGCUGGUGGAAACGUGA